UCCCUUGCGACUCCAUAGGUUUGCCCAAAAGCGCUUCCACGUUGUCGGAUUGACACACCCUGUGUUCCCUCAGUGUUGGGACCUCCUUUAUAUCCUUUCCUCCUUCCUUUUGAUUUGUAGGGCAAUAUCCUUCUAAUCUUUUAUCGUUCUGGCUCAUUAGGUUGCAUUGUUUUUGUUUGUUUACAAUUUUGGGAUAUUUUUGGAAGAUAAGUUCUUUUUCACAUUGACUUGCUGUAUCGUCAGUUCAGUUUCAGUCAAAGGAGUGUACGUGUUUCUGAAAAACAGUGCCUGUUAAGAAAGAUUUACAGGGUGUGCCUGAGUUCUUCUACAAAAAUGAAGAAGAUGAUAGCUCUAGGGUUUGAGGGUUCAGCCAACAAGAUUGGUGUUGGGGUUGUCACCUUAGAUGGCACAAUUUUGUCAAACCCACGCCACACAUACAUUACCCCUCCAGGCCAAGGGUUCCUUCCCCGCGAAACUGCACAACACCAUCUCCAACACAUUCUCCCGCUGAUUAAAUCUGCUCUGGAAACUGCCCAAAUAACGCCCAAGGAAAUUGAUUGCCUUUGUUACACCAAGGGUCCUGGCAUGGGAGCACCAUUACAAGUUGCUGCCAUUGUUGUUAGGGUUCUUUCACAGCUUUGGAAGAAGCCCAUUGUUGCAGUUAAUCAUUGCGUUGCACAUAUUGAGAUGGGAAGGAUUGUGACAGGUGCAGAUGAUCCUGUUGUGUUGUAUGUCAGUGGUGGGAACACACAGGUAAUUGCAUACAGUGAAGGGAGGUAUCGAAUCUUUGGAGAGACCAUUGAUAUCGCUGUUGGAAAUUGCUUGGAUCGGUUCGCCAGGGUAUUAACACUCUCCAAUGACCCAAGCCCUGGAUAUAACAUUGAGCAGCUUGCAAAGAAAGGAGAACAGUAUAUAGACCUUCCUUAUGCUGUGAAAGGGAUGGAUGUGUCUUUUAGUGGAAUUUUGAGCUACAUUGAAGCCUCUGCUGUGGAGAAGCUCAAGAAUAGCGAGUGCACCCCUGCAGAUCUAUGCUACUCACUCCAGGAAAAUGUGUUUGCAAUGCUUGUGGAGAUAACGGAGCGUGCAAUGGCACAUUGUGACAAGAAAGAUGUCCUUAUUGUUGGCGGUGUAGGUUGCAACGAACGCUUGCAAGAGAUGAUGAGAAUUAUGUGCUCUGAACGGGGUGGAAGGUUGUUUGCAACUGAUGAUAGGUAUUGUAUUGAUAACGGUGCCAUGAUUGCUUAUACUGGUCUUCUUGCUUUUGCUCAUGGUGCAUCAACCCCGUUUGAGGAAUCGACUUUUACGCAACGGUUCCGAACUGAUGAAGUGGAAGCAAUCUGGAGACUAAAAGAGGAGUCAGAAAAACUUAAACGGGUUCAUGGAUGAGACUACCUAAAUCUUAUAAUUCUUGAGGUUCAAGCCUGUAUGCAUCAACCUCAAUUCGAUCUCUAUUUCGCUCUGUAGAUUAAUGUAUUGUUUUUUAUUAGGUUUAUCAGGCAAGGCUAAAGUCCUUUCAAGCCUUAUUGCGUUGUUUGGAAUGAUUUUCCGAGGCCAAGAAGCACAUAAUAUUAUUAACUUUGAAUCACUGAGAUUCAGUGUAUUGAUACUGUUUUGUUGGGCUUUAGCUCGUACUACGGUUGUACUUUGAACUUGAAUAUAUUACAGGUACUUUUGAAUA